UACUUAUAGUGGGAUCAUCAGAUCACCAAUCCAUCACCCUUCCCCAUCAACCUCGCCACGAACAAGCAGGUCUAUAAACUUCCAUCGUUUCUGCCUCUAGUUUCACGCACCCAUUUUCCUUUUUUCCAGACCUUGAACAGCGACUUCAUCGCUGGAGACCUGGCUUCGACGGUGCGGACGUAAAAUCAAGUAGAACUUUCGACAAACGCUACCAUCAACAGUGAAACCCUACUCGGUCUUCUAGUACGAUGCCUUCGACUGUGAUAGACCACCACCAUAACCCCCACAAGUACCCUCAUGUCCCGCCACCAUUUCGCAGACCAAGCCCGCCACCCAUAGCCACCCUUAGUGCACCAUCAACACCCGGUUCAGAUACAUCAAGGCCUCGCUCAACAUCUGCGUCCUAUCCCAGGAGCGGUGGAGUUCCAUCUUACCACCACCACCCAUAUCCUCCAACGUCGGCACAUUAUUACUCGCAUGCAGCAAAUGCACCUAUGUACCCCACAGAAGUAUAUCCCCCUCAGCCUCAGAUCCCAUUUGUAACGCACCAUGGCCAGACUUAUGCCCGGGACCCAUAUCAUCACCCGGCCCCACCGACACAGCGCGAUCCGUAUAUCCACGGGUCGCACAACGCGUAUCCACCUACAGGGUAUCCGGUGCCUGGCCACCCUCCUACUCAAGUAGUGUACACCGAGGAUGCUGCCACGAAACUCUCUGAUCGAGUGCGAAGGAGGUGUUUCAAUUGCUGCACAACCGACACAAGUACAUGGAGGAGAAGCAAUCUCAGCCCUGGGAAAGUGCUCUGUAACAAGUGCGGUCUUUUUGAACGUACUCAUUCGCGACCCCGUCCCGAGCAAUUUCCUCACAAGCGCGGGCCACUGGCGACAUCGACAUUGCGUUCCCGCUCCCCUCCAAGUCAUCCAACUCAGUCGCAGCAUUCCCCACACCUUCAAAACCUCACGAAUCCGAACUCAGGGCCGCCUCAUCUUCCUCCCCCUCAUUCUACUUCACCUCUGACGUCUCACCACAAUUUACCGCCGACCUCUCACUCCUUGCCUCCACCAAGAUCCUUGUCUGACCCUCCUGGAAUGAUUUCGGGGCCCCAACUUCCUCCCAUUUCAUCGAACGGAGGUGAGAAGGCGAAGUAUGACAACAGGUCGUCGGAAUCACCUCGACUCCCGAACAUAAAAGCCUGGGCGGCUGAGAAUGGUGCCACCAUCGGCGGGAAAUCCUCGGAGUAUCCAAACGGGAACGCCAAUGCAAGCUCGCACGGCAGUUCUCCACUUCUCAAAAGUCAGGGGAGAAGCACGAAGAGCAGUCCCCACCUUUCUCCCAAACUACCUGCCCUUAAAAGUGAGAAUGAAAAGGACCUUCAUAAGGACAAUCAGGGGAAAUGAUUUCAUCAUUCUUUAUCGCAAACCUUUUUUCAGUGUCUCUCGCUAUCCUUUCUAUAUCGAUCGGCCCUGUACAUUUCGGUCUCUCUUUCCUGAACAUUCCUGGAGUGUCGAUUAGUCCCAGUACAUUCAUUCUAUCUCUCCCGCCGACUUAUUGAUUGUAUUACCUCGUUUCUCUCUCUUGAAGUUGCUCUGUCCAAUACUGCCCCUUUGUAUAACUUCGUUGACUGUACUACUAUGAACUUUUUUAUGCUAAUAUUUAUUCGCUGCUGGUCUUCCAAGGA